CAUCUCAAAUCGGCGGAUUCUGCAUCUGGAAACUGCCUUCAUCUUGAAAGAAAAGGUCCCUUCUCCAGCCACCCAGCCCCACGAUGGUGAUGCUGUUGCUGCUGCUUUCCACACUGGCUGGCCUUUUCGGUGCAGCAGAGGGACAAGCAUUUCAUCUUGGGAAGUGCCCCUCGCCUCCGGUGCAGGAGAAUUUUGACCCGAAUAAGUAUCUCGGAAGAUGGUACGAAAUUGAGAAGAUCCCAACAACCUUUGAGAGCGGACGCUGCAUCCAGGCCAACUACUCACUAAAGGAAAACGGAAAGAUCAAAGUGUUAAACCAGGAGUUGAGAGCUGAUGGAACUGUGAAUCAAAUUGAAGGUGAAGCUACCCCAGCUAACAUCACAGAGCCUGCCAAGCUGGAAGUUAAGUUCUUCUGGUUUAUGCCAUCUGCACCGUACUGGGUCCUGGCCACCGACUAUGAGAACUAUGCCCUCGUGUAUUCCUGUACCAGCAUCAUCAAUCUUUUUCAUGUGGAUUAUGCUUGGAUCUUGGCAAGAGACCGUCAUCUCCCUUCAGAAACAGUGGACUUUCUAAAAAGUAUCCUGACUUCUAAUAACAUUGAUGUGAGGAAACUGACGGUCACAGAUCAGGAGAACUGCCCCGAGUUCUCGUAACCAGGCUCCACAGAGAGGCUGUGCCCACUCCACGUUACAUUUCCUGCUUUGCUUUCCCCCACCCCACCCACUCCUCAUAAACACAAACCAAUCAACCAUGACAAACCUUCGCAAACACCAGAAGGGAGGGUUGACCAUGGAAGACAGUGGUGAGG